AAACCUUUCGCGCUCUUGGGCUCCCCGCCCCGCGUCCCCCGUCCCUUCCGCCACUCCGCCGCCCCCGUGACUCGCCGCACGGGGGGAAGACGGAGGAGAGGAGGCUACCGCCACGACGCAGCCUUGCUGCCGCUCCAGGCCAGAUGGCCGACGGGAGCCUCUGCGUCUCGUGGUGCCGCGCCGUGGCCUGCGCGCUGGCGCUCGUCGCAGCGGACGGCUUGCUCGUGGACAUCACCUACGUGGAAACCGCCGUGGCCAAAGGGGCAGUGUGCUUGGAUGGGAGCGCGCCGGCGUAUCACCUCGCCCGCGGCUCCGGCUCCGGCAUGAACAGCUGGCUGGUUCAUUUUGAGGGGGGAGGAUGGUGCAGCAAUGUCACGAGCUGCCUGCAACGGAAGCGCACGCGGCUGGGGUCCUCCAAGGAGAUGGCGACGCAGAUGGCCUUCUCCGGAAUCCUGAGCGGCACGCCGGAUUACAACCCAGACUUUUACAAUUGGAACAAGGUCAAGGUUCGGUACUGCGAUGGAUCAUCUUUCACCGGCGAUGUGGAACAAGUGGAUCCUACAACAAAGCUACACUAUAGAGGUGCAAGGAUAUGGCAAGCUGUCAUGGAGGACCUGCUCGCCAAAGGGAUGGACAAAGCUGAAAACGCUCUAAUGUCAGGAUGUUCUGCUGGCGGUUUAACCUCUAUACUACACUGCGAUAGAUUUCAUGACCUUCUACCACCGGGUGCCAGGGUUAGAUGCCUUUCUGAUGCUGGUUUCUUCAUCAAUGAGAAAGAUGUUGCUGGAGUGGGGUACAUUGCUGCCUUUUUCAACGAUGUGGUUACAACACAUGGUUCAGCGAAGAAUUUACCUUCUUCGUGCACUUCAACCGUAUCUCCAGGACUGUGCUUUUUCCCCCAGAACGAGGUAAAACAGAUACAGACACCUCUGUUCAUCCUCAACGCAGCAUAUGAUUCAUGGCAGGUAAGGAACAUUUUGGUGCCAGGACUUGCUGACCCUCGGGGUACAUGGCAUAGCUGUAAGCACGACAUAGACCAGUGUUCUGCAGCGCAGCUCCGGGUACUACAGGGAUUCAGGGAUGAUUUUCUGAAGGCAGCGGCGGAACAAGGGAACUCCGCCUCCAGAGGGCUGUUCAUAAACUCAUGCUUCGUGCACUGCCAGUCCGAGACACAGGAGCUGUGGUUUUCAUCUGACUCCCCCAUGCUCGGGAACAGGACGAUAGCAGACGCCGUUGGCGCCUGGUUCUUCGACCGAAGCCCGUUCCAGAAGAUCGACUGCCCAUACCCUUGCGACUCGACCUGUCACAACCGGGUCUACGAUGACCCGUCACGAGCAUAGCAAUUACAGCAGCCUCACUUCCUACUGCCAUUCGUCACGCUACUACAUUUGACGCUCCAGCAUUGCUAAGUUAGCAAUUACAGCAGCCUCACUUCCUACUGCCAUUCGUCACGCUACUACAUUUGACGCCCCAGCAUUGCUAAGUUGUAUAGGGCAAUGCGUUGAUAGCAAUUGAUUGAUUGAAUAAAAGAUCCGGUGCCGGAAGCUGGAUGCAGCUUCCAACGGCACAGGAUAGAAGUUUCCUAUGUUUCCACUGCCCUGUAUUUUGUUCUGAUACUUACAUGAGCCACAUUGGUUCUUCAGAAGUGAGGCGGCAUAGAUUAUUUUCAGGAAAUAUGAUUUCGCCUUUUAUAGAUUACUCUGA